AUGUAUCAACACGAUGUGUUGCGAUGUGGAGGGAGCAGCAAUGACUCUCCUGCUGCCACAAUUCCAACAACUGUUCCUAUACUUAAAAAGGCUGUUCAUAAAAGGAAUUUAUAUGGCUAUUAUAUUAAAAGAAAAUCAAACCAAAAUACGCCUGAAAUGUCUUCAGCGCUUGAUGAAAGACCCACUAUUGAUGAAAGACCUGCUGUUGACGCUACUGAUGAAAUAUCCAGUAAUUCUCAAGAAAUGCAAAUAAAUGAUAGUGAUACUAACUUUAUAUUAGAUAGAAGUCAAAUAGAGAAGGAUGAAACUGAAAAAGAAAGAGAAAUAAAUAAUAUAAACAUCCAAACUGUAAAGAAUCUGAACAGAGUUAUUACUAAAGGUCGACCGCCUAAAUGA